GUACUUAGCACAAGUAUAGUAGUAUACAUCUGACGCUCGUACGUAUAACUAUUCGUAUGGUCAGCUUCAAGGCCAAACCACUCCUAAACUCAACAUGUCCUUGGCGUAUCUUGAACAAGAUACAACGCAAGCUCUCGCUGAUUCCAUAUGGAACGUCAGCUGGAACACGGCCAACCAGCUCGUUACAGCGUCUGCUGAUGGCCAUAUCCGAGUGUGGGAUGUUGAAGAGUUGAGACAACCGGUCCACGAUAUUGAUUCACAUCCUCUUGCGAUUACGUCUUUGUCAGUGGCCGAUAAAAAGGCUUUAGCUUCCAGUCUGGAUGGCACUAUAGUACUGGUAGAUACCGUGAAUGGGGAACAACUAGGCAAAGUUAAUUCAGGACGGGUGAAAGUAUCGGCGGAAGGACCAGAAAUCCCUGCUUUUGCCUGUUCUCUGCAUCCUCAAAGUGCUUGCUGGGCGUGGUCAGGGCGCUCCUCUAAAGUUGUCAUCCGAACGAUGGUCUCCGACGACGCCGACCCCACCACACAAGGACCACUUGGCGGGGAAAGUAGCAUUAUGGACGGUGGAAAAGGGAAAUUUGGUAUGGACUUGCAAUUUUCCCCUGAUGGUCGCUCACUUGCCCUUGCUACCGAUCAAGGUCAGGUUGUGGUUUUCGACACCGAAACGCGAGCUACUAUUGCAACCUACACUUCACAUAACAAGGCCGUCAGAACCAUUGGCUGGUCUCCUGAUUCCCAAUGGCUAUACUCUGGUUCUGACGACCAUCUGAUUGUCCUCUAUGACGCCCGAGCUGGCUCCCAAUCCGGAGCUGGUGGCAAGGGUGAAGGGGCAGUGGCUAUGAUGCAAGGUCAUCAAAGCUGGGUACUCAGCGUUGCGCCAUCACCUGAUGGUAGACUCUUGGGUAGCGGUGGCGCGGAUCAUCUUAUCAAACUUUGGGAUAUUGGACAGCGAACCUGUGUUUCGACGUCAUCGAGCAAUGCGGACGUCUGGGGAUUUGCGUGGCAGCCUGAAGGAGCCGGCACCCUUCCCCCUGGGAAGCAAUUUGCAGUGGCUGGAGAUGAUAAGGUCGUUACGCUUUAUAGAGCUGCAGGAGCUGUAUAGAGCAACUGAGAGAAUACCAACAUGCAUUUUAUAUUUCAG